AUGGAACAAGAUGUUAUAAAUUUGAAAAACCAUACUACUCAAUAUAAAGUACUGAAAGAUGAAGAAAUAAAACAAAAAGCCCUGAAGACAUAUAUGGAUAGCGAUGAGUAUAAAAAAGAAGUUGAAGCAAAUGUAAAGGCAGAAAAACUUUUACAGUUGCAAAACCAAACCGUACAGUAUGAAAACUUAGCACAAGAAAGUAAAAAUAACGACGCAGCCAUGCAAAAGGCAAUGAAAAGCGCAGAAUAUAUAAAAGCUAAUAAUGACUGGUUAGAUGCCCAAGCCAACGCUAAAGCAGCCCAACUUAUAGGGUCAAUAAGGACAAAAAUACAAGCGGAUGAAGACAGUUCAAAUGAAGCUUUAAUGAAUGCUGACUUUAAGAACGCCUUCGAAGCUCUUCAUAGUAAGGUGAAACUAGUGAACGACUUCUCAUCUGGAAAGAAACUGAAGUCUGAAGGUUUCGACAACGAGUUAAGAGAAGUAGCACAAAAUAUGACGAAAAUAACAGAUGCAGCAACGAGACAGGCAGUUCAAAGUGCCUAUGACGCCGUUAGAGCAACUGUUGUGGAAAGUCAAGAAAAAGAGUUACAACAGACCAAAACAGACCUAGUAAAUGCUUUCUUAAAAACGAAAAGUCAGGUAGGACAUUAUGCUGCAGAUGGAACAUAUGUGCCAGCUGGUGGAACUUAUAUACCAGCUGGUGGAACUUAUAUACUAGCUAGUGGAACUUAUAUACCACCAAACCCUCCAAGAGAAGCACCUGCACCAGGACUACCUAAAACAUUUACAUCGUCACAUGGACACAGACACAGGCAUGCACCAAAACCAACACAACAACCAACAGUUCAAAAUCCAGCACAACAACCAACAGUUCAAAACACUGCACCACAACCAACAGUUCAAAACACUGCACCACAACCAACAGUUCAAAACACUGCACCACAACCAACAGUUCAAAACACUGCACAGCAACAACCACAAACAGAGCAAGGACAUAAAAGAAGUAGAGAACAAGGAAACCAAGAAUUCUUAA